AUGGGGUCCGUUAACGACGGCACACAACGAAAACGUGAGCCGAAGGCGGAGACCAGAUGCGGCUGUGAGGCAGAGAUGCGCGUCCACGUGCACUCCGAAAGUGGUAGAUGGAUAAUAUCACACUUUCAGGACGUUCACAACCACGAGUUGCUGGAUGAUAGACUGACUUUCAUGCUACCGGGCCAUAGGAAAAUGGAUGCAGCCGCCUUAGAACAAAUGAACAUGAUGCUUAGAGUUGGGAUUAAAACGCCACAGAUUUAUUCAUCUUUUGUGCAAACUUCCGGGAAAUUCCAAAACCUUCCGUUUCUAAAGAGGGAUAUGUAUAACCAGAUAGGGAAGCAACAGAGGCUCAUUGGCGGGGACGCGAUGGCUUGCCUUAAGUUCCUAGAAUCAACGGUGCAGGCCAAUAUUGGAAUGUUUGUGCGUUAUUUGGCGGACAAAAAGGGUCGUUUGGUGCACCUAUUUUGGUCGGAUAAUUGCAGUCAGCUGGAUUAUGGUUUGUUUGGGGAUGUCGUCGCAUUUGAUGCGACAUAUCGGAAGAAUAAGUAUAUGUGUCCACUGGUUAUGUUUUCUGGAGUGAAUCACCAUAACCAAACAAUUGUGUUUGCGGCUGCGCUAGUUGCAAAUGAGAAUGAGCAGACUUACACCUGGUUGUUGCAACAGUUCCUGGACGCCCUGAAGGGUAAAGCACCUGGGUGUGUGAUAACAGAUGGUCAUGGAGCGAUGAAAAAGGCAAUCAAAGUGGUGUUUCCUGGGGCCUAUCACCAUUUGUGUGCAUGGCAUCUGCUGAGAAAUGCCACUUCUAACCUAAGCAACCCCAGAUUUACUUCUGAAUUUAAGAAAUGCAUGAUGUUCGAUUAUGACGUGUGGGAGUUUGAAGAUCAUUGGCAUUAUAUGGUGGAUGCGCUUGGUCUGUCAGAUAAUCAAUGGGUUUCUGACCUUUACUCUAGGAGAAGGAUGUGGGCAAUUGCACAAAUAAGGGACAACUUCUUUGGGGGUUUUCGUACAACGUCAAGGUGUGAAGGAUUGCACUCAAUGCUGGGUAAAUUUGUCCAGUCUUGCCAUAACUUGAGAGACUUUUUUGAGCAAUUUAUGCGUUGCAUAUCCCAAAUGAGGUCCAGGGAAGCACACUCUGAUCUGUUAUCCGUGGUUAGGGAACCAGUGCUACAGAGUCCAUUUCUUGAUUUGGAGAGGUCAGCUGCAAAGAAGCUCACAAGGGCAAUUUUCUUCAACUUCAGGCCCAUGCUUUUCCGCGCUUGCACACUGAAGGUACGAACACACACAUGGAGCCAGACUUCUGAUACAUUCACUUUGUCUAGGUCAGCUAAUGCGCGUAGGGAGUGA